AUGUCGCAAUAUUACGAACUAUACAGACGUAGCAGAAUUUCAUUGACUGAUGCAUUGGAUGAUUUGAUUUCCCAAGGGAAAAUAUCCCCACAGCUGGCUAUGAAAGUUCUUUUCAACUUUGAUAAAAGCAUGACAGAAGCGUUGGCUGAAAAAGUACGGGCUCGCCUGACGUUUAAGGGACACCUUGAUACAUACCGGUUUUGCGACGAAGUUUGGACGUUUAUUAUAAAAAAUCCAAAUUUCCGGUUUGAUAACGAAACCGUGACAAGCAAUAAGAUUCGGAUUGUCGCUUGUGCAACCCGCGAUUCUUCAGCAAAUCGCUGA